AGCAAGUGGCAGCAUAAGGUUGUUUCCUCCUUCGUACCUUUUCACACAUUACCGGAACAUCCUACUGCAGAGAUAAACAUUCUCUUAUUCAGACGGCCCUGACGAUGCAAGACACUCUGCUGCGAGUGUUUGUGGUGGCUGCAGGUCUUCUGCUGUGUCCCAGGAACAAUCCUGGGGUGGAAGAAUGGGAGGAUGCCAUCGACGGGGAUUUGCAAAAGCACGAGGGGAUGCUGCUGAAAGGGGAAGAGAAACUAGACCCACCAUUAGCACCUGUCAGUUCCAAAAUAACAGGGCCUCAGGGUGAUAUAAAUAACAGUCUCGAGACACAGAAUCAGUCUGAUCAACAUGACAAAGUCGAUGCGUUGCACUCAGAUGUGGCUGGAGGAGACACGGGAGGGGACGGUUCUGAUCAGAAAUUACCAAAGGGACACAUUACAAGUCAAUCUGCCACCACGGGUCUACCUGACAACGUUAACAGUCAGGCGGGAGAAGAUUCGGGAGGUAGCAGCUCAGAGCAAGAUAGUCUACAGGGCCAUCCAAAGAAGCCAGAAGACCCAAAGAUCAGUUCAAAAGGACAAGACUCACCUGCUUCACAUGUCUACAGCAAGGCGGAAAAUGAAACCUCAGAGGCUGCCUCCGAAUGGGAGAGGGAUUAUCUCUGGUACAUCUGGAACGCCUUCUCCAUCAUCUCCAUGAUGCGCUUCUUUAGGAAACACCUGAAGAGAAAUCUCCAAAAAGAUCCGGAAGUGACCGGGACCUCGCCAUGCGGACCCGCUAAGGUGUCGCUGCCUGACAUUGGAACCUUGCAGAAGUUUUACGCUAAAUGUUUUCACCUUUCAGCUGAGAAAACGGAGAGGGAGAAGGUGUUUUUGGAAGGGUUCGCCAAUGACCUCUUGGAGAUGAUGAGGACCAUUUGUGACAAUGACGGCAGCAUGGUGAUAGGGGACUUUCACAUGGUGAAUGAGCGCGACAUCGCUGUUCGUUUCACUCCACCCGAACCGUAUCGUUUUCACUGUCUGCUCGGGAACAACCCUGUGGGUGAUCUGCUGCUGGACGCGCAGGUCUGCGGGCAAAUAAAACUGCUGAAAGAAGAGAAGAUCCCAAACGGCUGCCCCUGCCAGUCCGCCGACGCGGACGACAUGGUUUGCCUGCUGCACUCGGAGAGCGACAGGGUGAAAACAAAAGUGGUGGACGCUUUUGACGGACCCCUGUGCUCCAAGGACACCCCUUUCCUGUCCAAAUCAAAGAUCACCAGAUGGUUUCAGAGGACGAUCAAACAAGCCUGGGCACAGAUCUCACAUAAAUACGAGUUUGAGCUCAGCAUCCGCUACGUUGAGGCUCCGGGAGCUUUGGUGGUUCGGUUCAGGUCGGGGAAGAAGAUCAACUUCAGCUUGAAGCCGGUGGUGAAGUUCAACACCGAAGCUCAUUUCUGCAUCGAGCCCUGGUCCUCCAGUAAUGUGGACACCUUCUGGGCUCUCUCCCUCUCUGCCUACGAAGACCGCCUCCUGGGCUAUCUCUACCAACGACUCCCUGUGAACUCGUGUCAUGAUCAAACUCUUAAAAUCGCCUGCUUCCUUCACAGGAGGCAGGAAGCGUUGACAGGAAAGACGGCGCUGAAGGACCUCCACUUCAAGACUGCGUUGAUGCACCUUCUGCUGACCAAAAAGAUUUCACAAUGGCAACCGGACUUUGCUGCCUGUCGGCUACGGGACCUGCUGAGCUUUGUGGAGGAGAGUCUUCGGAGGAAGCACCUAACCCACGUUCUCAUCGGCAACCGCUUGGCUGGCGUUGUUGAACUGCCUGGAGAAAUCUCCAAAGCAAAGCCAGUAAACCUGUUCCAUCUUUUUGUGGAAGAUGACUGUGCGUAUAAAAAUGCCGCCUUGCAUUUCCAGGAGAUGCUUCGAAACGCACACAUGCUGAUACACGAAUAUGUUGCUCAACCUGCGAGUGGCACCCAACCCUUUGUUUAAAACCGCUAACAGUCAGCUUGACAAUGUUGUCGUUCAAAGUGUUCUAUCAUAAGCGAUGCAUUGUAUUCAAUUACUUAGAAUAGCAAAAAGUUAAUUUGAGUCAUGCCAUUCAAAUGAGAAAAUUGCAUAGUUUCUAGAGUCAUUACACACAGAGUGAGAUACUUCAAAUCUUUGUUAAAUUUUGAUGCUAUGGUUUACAGGUAAAGAAAACCCAAACUUCAGCUUCUCAAAAAAAAACUAAGAGUAUUACAUCUGAUCAAGAAAAAAAAAAA